AUGAAUCGCGAUCCAAUUACUCCCGUUGUCGAACGGCUUCUCCAAUGCCUCACCCUCGAGGAGAAAGUCACCCUACUGGCCGGUAAGAACAUGUGGGAGACGGCCCAAAUCGACCGUCUGGGCAUUCCCAGUCUGAAGAUGACGGAUGGUCCCGCGGGAGCGAGAGGCUCCAAAUGGACAUACGGCUCGCUGACCACGUUCGUCCCCUGCGGCAUCUCCCUCGCUGCUACCUGGGAUCCCGCCCUCGUCGAGAAGGUCGGGACCGUGCUGGGCGAGGAAACCCGGCGCAAGGGCUGCCAGGUGCUGCUGGCGCCCACCAUGAACCUGUCGCGGUCGCCGCUCGGAGGCCGCAACUUUGAGGGAUACGGGGAGGAUCCGUACCUGGUGGGCGCCAUGUCGACAGCGAUGAUCCGUGGAAUCCAAAGCCAGGGGGUGGGGGCAUGCAUGAAACACUUCAUCGCCAAUGACACCGAGACGCGGCGGUUCAACGUCGAUCAGACCAUCGACGACCGCACCCUGCGCGAGGUCUACAUGAAGCCGUUUGUCAUGGCGCUGGACGCCUCCCCUUGGACGGCCAUGGUCAGCUACCCCAAGAUCAACGGGCUGCAUGCCGAUGUGAGCCCUGCGAUUCUCCGGCCGCUGUUGCGGGAGGAAUUGCAAUUCGACCGCCUUGUUAUGAGCGACUGGGGUGGGUGUAAUGACACGGUCCAGAGCCUCAUUGCUACCACUGAUCUGGAGAUGCCGGGCCCCGCUAUCCGCCGCGGAGAGCGCCUGCUGGCCGCCAUUCGUGACGGUCAGGUUGACUCUGCACUUCAUGUCGACCCCAGUGUACGGCGAAUGCUGCAGCUCCUGGAAAAGGCCAGCUUGCUAUCAGAGGACUCCGAUGGGAACCGUUCGUCCGUCAGCCAAGACGAAGCCGCGGAACAGGCCAUGGACGAUCCUGUUUUCCACCAGAUCGCCCGAGAGGCGGCUCAGAGCGGACUAGUCCUGCUCAAGAAUGAAGACAACGUCCUUCCCCUCCAGCCGUCAUCUUUUAAAAAGGUCGCCAUCCUCGGUCCGAACGCCCGCAAGCCUACGGCCGGCGGGGCCGGCAGUGCCGCCGUCAACCCCUUCUACAUCACCACGCCAGAGGAAUGUCUGACAAAGGCGAUUCAGACAGCGCAUCCUGAGGUCCAGGUGACUUAUGAGUCGGGCAUGCCGUUCAGCCUUCGUCCGCCGCUCCUGGGUAAUCUGCUCACCGUUCCCGAUUCCUCCCAGCAGGGUCUGCAUAUAACUUUCUUCGCGGGUCAUGCAUUCGAGGGACCCGCCGUCGCCACGAGGCACUGGGCCGACUCGCUCAUUUACCUCAUGAGUGAUGGCGAUGUACCUGACUUCCUAAAAGGGCAGCCGUACUGUUACCGGGCUAAGGGCGUGGUCACCCCGCGCGUGUCUGGCAGGUACACCUUCAGCCUGGCAAACACGGGCAAGGCGAAGCUUUUCCUAGACGAGAAACUUCUUAUCGACAACAUGGAGUGGACGAAGGUGAGCAACGGGUUCCUCGGCUGCUCGAGUGAGGAUAAGAUGGUGAGCGUUGAGCUGGAGGCUGGUCGGCAGUACGCGCUGCGGGUGGACAACGUGGUCACCUUGCCGGCCGUGGAGGCCUUUGACAACACUCUCUUUCCGAAUGUCACCGGUCUUCGGAUCGGCCUGGCCCUUGAGGAAGACGAGACGGCAAUGAUGGAACGUGCUAUUGUGAGUGCGCGCGAAGCCGACGUGGCCGUGCUCGUUGUGGGCCACAACAAGGACUCCGAGGGCGAAGGAGGAGACCGGCCUGAUAUUCAGCUUCCCGGCCGUACAGACGAGCUCGUCGCAGCCGUCUGCGCCGCCAACCCCAACACCAUCGUCGUGCUGCAGGCUGCCAGCGCGGUGAGCAUGCCAUGGGCGGAGCAGGCGCGCGCCAUCGUGCUGGCGUGGUAUCAGGGUCAGGAGAACGGACAUGCCUUGGCGGAUGUCCUCCUGGGCGUCUGUAACUUCUCCGGCAAGUCUCCCAUUACUUUCCCUCGGCGGCUGGAGGAUCAUGGCUCCAGUGCGUGGUUCCCUGCCGAGGCGGCGCAGGAUCGCAGCGUCUUCGGCGAGAAGGUGCUUGUGGGCUAUCGGUGGUUUGAAGAGGAGGAGAUUGUGCCGAUGUGGCCGUUUGGCUUUGGACUGUCCUAUACCAGCUUUAAGCUGUCCGAUGUCCGGCUCGGUGGAGCGAUGACCAUGAUCUCGUCCCAGAUUGUCGUCCACGCUCGAGUCGCCAAUGUUGGAGGUCGGGACGGCCAUGAGGUAGUGCAGGUGUAUGUUUCACCGUCAGCGCGCAUCCAGGACAAGGGACUGGUCAGUUACAGGAAAACCCUGGCAGGGUUCUGCAAGGUAUGGGUGCCAGCAGGAGAGCAGAGAGAUGUUACCAUUUCUGUCAAGAGUGAGGAACUGCGCUGGUACGAUGAGCAGGAGGGUCAGUGGCAGUUAGACCGGGGACAAUACCGAUGCUUCGUUGGAACCAGCGUGUCUGAUAUUGACUGCGAGCUGACCUUCAAUGUUGAAUAA